GCCAAUCCCCACUUUGCUACCACCUCUUUUCAGGGAGUUGUAGGGAGUGAUAAGGUCUUCCCUGAGCCUGUUCUUCUCCAGACUGAGAGAUCUCAGUGCCCUCAACAAGAAUGUCUUCUGUCUGUUUUGCUCCAGCUCAAGAGAACCGAGGGCCCCAUCACCAGUUCUCCAUUCAGUAAAACUCAGCAAGAGGGCAAUGUGUGGCUAACAUAAGAGCUCCACCAGUAGCAAAGACUACUCAGCAGCUCACUGCAGUGCAGAUUGAAAAUGGAACAUUAGAUGUCAGGAUAAGAAAUCUGAGCAUACUUCUCAAAUCAAACAGCCAAGAUGAAGAUAGUAACAUACUGUUAAAUCUGAACCAGAAAUUGGCAAGCAUACUGGUUUCAAAGAGGUACUGAUUAAUCAAUGGCUUAAACUACAGAAAUGAGAGAUCUUCAGUAAAAAUUGAAAGCUUUUCAAGUUUGCAUAAAGUUGUCUAGAAGCAGAUCAAAGAGGGAGAACUAGCUCUAGAAAGAUUCACAGGCAGAAACUAAGUCCGUACAGAAAUGUGCCCAACAAAGCUAUUAAUGAAUAAGUCUUCCUCGGGGAAAUUAUAGGUAUCUUUUCACCUACUGGUUUAGGUAGCAUAAACAUCUGGAAUCAUAUUUCCUUAAUUAACAAGUAUGUCCCUGCCACAUUUUGCCAGGAGUCACCUGUCUGUGAUGUCACUGUGGUGCAGCACAGUCACCAUGAUGAUGUUUCUGAUGUUUCAGUCCUCUCCUUGCUCUCCACACCACGGGAGCCAUCACGCUUCAUCCUGCUGAUGGCAGGACAAACCUCAUCGGCUGGAGGAACACAGACAGAAAUUCCUGAGUGAAGAAUUAAUCAUUAAAUUAAUCAUUAAAUAAUUAAAUAUUAAAAUGGAGAUAUCAUUAUCAGAAACACCAAGUGUUUCUGUUCCAGACAUCGACUCGGCAGCCUCAGCUUCUUCUGUCCUUCAAGUACAUGGUAAAGCAGAUGCUCAGGAUGCUGCCUUAGGAUCUAGAAAAGCAGAAAACACUUCUCAAGGUUCACUUGAGGAAGCUUCCUCAAAAAGACAACCUCUUAAUCUGUCUGAAAAGUGCUCUGGCAAAGCCAAUGACUUCUCAUCCUUCUCCUUUCUGAAAAAACUCUGGGAAAUUGUUGAAAGCAAUCACUUUCAGUCCAUUUGGUGGGCUGAUGAUGGAAACUCUAUAGUGAUUGAGGAAACAUUCUUCAAAAGGGAAGUGCUGGCAAGGAGAGGAUGUCUGCAAAUUUUCAACAUUAGCAACAUGAAAACUUUCAUUCGUCAGCUUCAUCUUCACAGAUUCUUCAUUAUAGAAGGAGAUUUGCCAAGAUCUGCUUCACGUGCUAAAUUCCAAGCAGAUGAAGCAGCAGUUUCCACUUCUAGCAAGGAGAGAUUAUCCCCACCUGCUAAGAAGAUUCAAGCGAAGUACUGGUAUAAAAAAGAGAGCACCAGGUGCAUUCUCGCUGGACCUGGAUUUGAAGGAGGGCCACCUGAGCAGAAGCCCUCUGAAGAAACAGUCAGGCCCUGCUGCAUCAGUGUCAGUGGGCACUGAGCUCCCCAGUAGCAUCCAGGAUGCUGCUCCUGCUUCACCUGCUGCUUCCCUAUAUCACGUUGCAUCUUCUAUACCAAACGGUC